AUGCAGCAACAGACGGCACCCAACACUGCUUUUGGCACAAUGGUGCUUGGCAUUUUGGUUGAGGCGAGGGACACCGCAAAAAAGCAGCAAGGUUUAGGAGACCUCACCCAGCUACUCACAAAGGAACAAACUGACCUUGGGGUAAUCUCAGUGUGGGGAACAGGCAGUGAACUUGGUACAACAUCCAUCAUCAGAAAGGCGUACCAGGACCCAGAACUCUGUCGAAAAUUUGAAUGUUGUGGCUGGGUGAAGCUUACACAACCUUUCAAUCCCCACGAGUUCCUCCGCAGUAUGGUGGCUCAGUUCUACACAAACAGUUGCCUGCAAAAAGGAAUCGUUAUUAAUGUGGAUGAACUGAAGAGGAUUGAGGGUUUGCAAGGUGAUGGUGACAAAAGCAUGAAAUCUGAUAGAGUGGUAGACAACAGCAAUGAAAUAUCAAUGCAGGAUGAAGCAACCCACGGUACUGGCCUGUCCUACUACAGAAUUCCAGCAUCUAAACGGAAGGCCGCCUCAGAUUGGGUGAAGAAUUUUCAACUUGUUGAACGCAAGUCAGAAAUGAACCAACUUGGUAACUAUAUUGCUAAGGCAUAUGUCAAUGGUUUGCAAAUGAUGUCUGUCUGGGGGAUAGCCGGUGUUGGGAAAUCAGCCCUCGUUAGGACCAUGUACUUUGACAAGUAUGGUUGGGUCGAUGUAACCUACCCAUUCAAUUUAAGGGACUUCUCCCGGAGUUUGCUUUUGGGUUUUUAUUCAGAACCUGUUCAAGACAUGGGAAUCAGAGACCCUACUCAAGAGUGUCAUAAGAUUAUAGAGGAUAACCGGUGCCUUGUUAUUGAUGAUCUGCAGUCCAUGGAAGAAUGGGACUUAAUACAAGCUGCCUUGUUGUCUAGACCUUCUAGAAACAAUGAAGGGGUCAUAUUUAAUGUCAAAGGUCUAGAAGACAAAGCAGCCCUCAAGCUCUUCAAAAAGCAGGUACAAAGGCAAAAACCAUCAUCUCCUAUAAAGGACUCCAAAGAUGAAGAGCUACAAGAACUUAUUUUGAAAUGCGGCGAUCACAUCAUCCGGAGAAGGCGAUUGGUGAGACGGUGGAUUGCAGAGGGCUAUGCCAGGGACACGGACAAAAUUUCUGCGGAGGAGAGAGGGGAGCACUUCUUCUACAGGCUCCUCGAUCUGAGCAUAAUAAUGCUGAAAACAUAUUCAGUCACCUCUGCAUUCGGUGGCAGAAGAGUGACUUUGUGCCAAGUCAACAGUUUUGUCCGAGAGUAUAUCAUCUCACGUCAAAUGGAAGAGAACCUUGUAUUUGAACUGGGAGGCAGUUGCACCCUAACCUCUCAGCGCACGGGGUGUCACCUCAUCAUACUGAAAAGCUGGGACAGAGACAGAAUUGUGUUUGAGAGCAUUGACUUCUCGCGGCUACGGUCUUUGACAGUGUUUGGAGAAUGGAGGUCAUUCUUCAUCUCUGAUAGGAUGAGGUUACUUCGGGUUCUGGAUCUUGAGGAUGCAUCUGGUUUAAAAGAUGAAGACCUCAAACAAAUGAUGAAGCUGCUUUGCCGCCUCAAGUAUCUUUCCCUACGAGGAUGCACUGAGAUCUCUAGGCUGCCGAAUUCAUUGGGUUGUUUGAGGCAGCUUGAGACUCUGGAAGCCUAUCCACACUACAUCACACAGCAACAAGAAGGACAUCACAUCCAAAUGCUUGUUACCAAUCAUUGGGAAUUGGGCUGA